AUGGUCUGCUCCAAGUGUCAAAAACUCGGCAAGGGCGCCACGACCCUCGCGACCCCGACCGUCAAGAAGAAGUCGGAACUCUACCACGGCUCGGCGGCCUCCUCGUCGGCGGCCGGCGGCAGCAAGUCGGCAACGCUCGGGCAGACGGGCAUCGGCAAGAGCAAGCUCCUCUCCAAGGCGGCCAAGAACCCGUACGCGCAGUACUCGAGCGCCUGCGGCACGUGCAAGACGCGCGUCGCGCAGGGCCACGCGCUGUGCCAGUCGUGCGCGUACCGGGCCGACUCGUGCGCCGGGUGCGGCCGGGCGAACAAGAAGAAGGGGGCUGCGCCGGUGGUGGCGGGGCAGAAGUUUACGCUCAAGUGA